GUUUUCUGGUCCCCGACUAAAAAGAAAAUUUCAUCAUCAUUCUCUUGACUUCAUGUAAAUAUCUUGUCUAUUUUUAUUAUAUAUAUCAUUUUGUUAUAAAUAAACUGAACUCUUCUUUAUUUUAGAAAUAUGUAAUGUAAUGUAAAGGCUCAUUAAAUGUGGUUCAUGGAACUCAAGAGAUAAAACUGAUAACAUUCUUGUUUGAUGGUCUAUAUUCUCCUACUGUAAAUGGAGAAGUUUGUAUUUUCAUAUAUAUAUAGAGUACAGGUUGAAGAAUAAAAGAAAGAAGUAGAAAAACCAAACUGUUCCGUUCCUUGUUCCGUUCAAUUUUCAUAUACUGAAAUCUGAGACAGAAAACAUAUACUUUGUGAAUAUAAAUUUCUAAUCUAUAUAUAAUAUUCGUGCCAAAAGAAUGGGGUCUGAAGAAAGUGGAAGGGAUGUGGUAGUUACUCAAAUUAGUGUUGGUGAAUUUGAUGGUUAUAUGACUGCAAAGAGCCUUCUGGAUUACUUUGAACAAAAUGUGGGGAUUGUUUUGAGAUGUAGAUUAAAGACCUCUUCAACACCUUUUGAAGCAUAUCCAGAGUUUGCAGUUGACACCACAAAACUUGAAAGACUACAUUCAUACGAGAAUCUGAUCCCACAUGCAUUCGUGCAUUUUGCAACUCCUGAUGCAGCAAGAUCAGCUCUCGAUGCUGCUGGCCGUGGAGAGCUUAUACUAAAUAAUAAUCUUUUAAAGAUCAGUUUAGGGCCACAUCGCGACAAGGAACCCUUUAAGUUACCAGAUGUCGUUGUUGAGAUUGGAAGCUUGGUUAGCAAAGAUAAGUUUUUUGUUGGUUGGAGAGGUCCGGCUACUGGUGUAGAUUUUCUUGUGGACCCCUUUGAUGGAACUUGCAAGUUCGUUUUUACAAGGGAUACUGCUUUUUCCUUCCCGGGUACGCGAAACCAUGCUGUGAUAAAGUGUAAUCUUAAGGUUGAGUUCUUGGUCAGAGACAUACAAUGGAUGAAAGAUUAUAAUGAUUCAUCAUACUUAAUUUUAUUGCUGCAUUUGGAGUCCUCUCCGAAGCUAUACUAUAGAACUGCAGAUGAUGAUAUUGAAGACACAACUCCAUUUGAUAUAUUGGAUGAUGACGAUCCUUGGAUUCGGACAACAGAUAUUACUGCAAGCGGUGCCAUUGGCCGGUGUAGUAUAUAUCGAAUACUGAUAAAACCACGCCACGGCGUCAAGAUGGAGAUGGUUAUGCAAUACCUGAAAGAGCAAAGGGUUUCUGUCAGAGAUUUGCAGACACAACUUACUGUCCAAGAUGAACCUGAUUUUGGAAUGCCCAUGCCUGAUCCAUUAUUUUGUAUACAUUCUAAGGAAGGUAUUAACUUUAAAACUUUGUUUUUGGUGAAUGCUGCACUGCAUAAAGGCAUAUUUAGUCAGUAUACAUUGUUGGAUCAGUUCUUUAAUCUACUGAAAUCCCAAAAGGAGGAAGUAAAUAUUGGCGCACUGAAACAUAUAUGCUCCACCAAUCGUCCUUAUUUUAAUGCAUCUGAAAGGCUGAAAAAUGCUCAGGAUUGGUUGUUGAAAAAUCAUAAGCUCUUAAGAACCAGAGAGUUGGAUGAUUUUGUUGAAGUUAGAAGGUUAAUCAUCACCCCAACAAGAGCUUACUGUCUUCCACCAGAAGUUGAACUUUCCAAUAGGGUUCUUAGGCACUAUAGAUCGGUUGCUGAUCGAUUUUUACUGGUUACCUUCAUGGAUGAUGGCAUGCAGACAUUAAAGAAGAAUGUUUUCACCUACUAUCCUGCUUCUAUCGUGAGCGACACCACAUCAAAUGUGAAUGGCCAAGAAACCUCAGUGUUUAAAAGGGUGAAGGAUAUCACAAAUGAUGGAUUCCAUUUAUGUGGUCGGAAGUACUCUUUUUUGGCCUUCUCAGCUAAUCAACCAAGGGAUCGGUCUGCCUGGUUUUUUGCUGGGGACCAGAAUACAUCCGUGCUUGAUGUUUUGAGCUGGAUGGGCAGCUUCACCAACAAGAAUGUUGCAAAGUAUGCUGCUGGAAUGGAUCUGUGCUUCUCUUCCACUUAUGCAACUGUUGAUGUUCCUCAGGAUAACGUAGAUUUUGAGCUUGCAGAUAUCAUGAGGAAUGGAAAUGAUUUUUCUGAUGGAAUUGGCAAGAUAUCACAUGAUCUUGCAAUGGAAGUUGCACAGAGAUUGCAGUUGAAUGUAAGCCCUCCAUGUGCCUAUCAGAUAAGAUAUGGUGGCUGCAAAGGUGUUGUUGCUUGUUGGCCAGCCAGUAAAAGUGGGAUCCGUCUUUCUUUGAGGCCAAGCAUGAACAAGUUUGUGUCUAACCACACUAUUCUUGAAAUCUGUUCUUGGACUCGUUUCCAGCCUGGGUUCUUAAAUAGGAAGAUUAUAACCUUACUCUCAGCUUUGAAUGUCGGUGAUAAUGUAUUUUGGAAUAUGCAGGAGUCAAUGAUUUCUAAAUUAAAUCAGAUGCUCGAAAGUGUGGAUGUAGCUUUGAAUGUUGUUACUUCCUCGUGUGCCGAAGAAGGAAAUACGGCUGCUAUAAUGUUAAGUGCUGGUUUCAAGCCUUGUAAUGAACCUCAUUUACGAGGCAUGCUAACAAGUAUAAGAGCUGCACAGUUUGGGGACCUCAGAGAAAAGGCUAGGAUCUAUGUUUCUUCAGGAAGGUGGUCAAUGGGAUGUUUGGAUGAGCUAGCAAUACUUGAACAAGGGCAGUGCUUUCUCCAAGUGUCCAAUCCUUCACUUGAAAACUUCUUUGUGAAACAUGGCUUAGAGUUUUCGGAGACAAAAAGAGAUUUCCAAGUAAUUAAGGGCCUUGUGCUGGUGGCAAAGAACCCCUGUUUACACCCUGGAGAUGUGCGCAUUCUAGAAGCAGUAGAUGUUCCCAGCUUGCAUCAUCUUUAUGAUUGCCUGAUAUUUUCGCAAAAAGGAGAUCGACCUCAGACAAAUGAAGUAUCUGGAAGCGAACUUGAUGGCGAUCUUUACUUUGUCACAUGGGAUGAGAAGCUUAUUCCGCCUGGUAAAGCGAGCUGGCCAGCAAUGGAUUACGCCCCUGCAGAAGCCGAAGAGUUGAUGCACGAUGUUACGCUUAAGGAUGUAUCAGAUUUCUUUGCUAGAAACAUGAUCAACGAAAGCCUGGGUACCAUUUGCAAUGCCCAUGUAGUUCAUGCUGAUGGCAGUGAUUAUGGCGCAAUGGAUGAAAACUGCCUUGUUUUGGCAGAGCUUGCUUCCAAAGCUGUUGAUUUCCUAAAAACUGGAAAAAUUGUGAACAUGCCAUCUCAUUUAAAACCCAAAUUGUACCCAGAUUUUAUGGGAAAAGAAGAUUUCCAGUCGUACAAAUCUACUAAAAUACUAGGCAGGCUUUAUCGCAAAAUCAAAGAUAAUUAUGAUUUGACAGAAUCUGCGGAGAGCAAUUUUCGUCCUGGGGAAAUUCCUUACGACACGGAUCUCGAGACACCAGGAUCAACAACUUUCAUCAAUGAUGCAUGGGGAAUUAAGUUCUCCUACGAUGAAAAGUUACAUAGCCUUCUAGGACAGUAUAAAGUCAACAAUGAAGCAGAGGUUGUAACAGGACACAUUUGGUCUAUGCCGAGAAAUAGUAGCAAGAAGCAAGGUGAACUCAAAGAGAGACUUAAAAAUGCUUACAACGCUUUAAAAAAGGAGUUCAGGAGAGUCUUCGAGCAUAUGGAUGCAGAUUUUGAUGACCUUUCCAAUGAUGAAAAGAAUGCAGUGUACGAACACAAGGCAUCAGCGUGGUACCAGGUAACUUACCAUCCCAAAUGGGUGAAGAUGUUACUGGACUUGCAAGAUCCUGAUGCUAAUGACAAGGAGACUGUAAUGUUAAGCUUCCCUUGGAUAGCAGCUGACUACCUUGCCCGGAUCAAAAUAAGACGUGGAGGAAUGAAAGAUGCAAGUACUCAACCAUUUGAGGCCACCCGAAUCGAUUUCCUGUACUAACUCCCCCUUUUAUCAGGAGUCUUAAGCGGUGUACCACCAUCAGAAUAUCUAUUCAUGGUUGGCUAACAUAACUUUUUUCAACUUUUGAAGACUUAUUUUCCAGUUAUUGUUCUUCAACUCUAUUGUGAUUUACAGGAAUGUUCUCUAUAUCAUCUACUUUCUGAUUUUCCCGAAUUUCGACAUGAUAAUUUGUAAUCUCUCGUCAUUAUGGAUAUCAAAAGUCAAGAAAGACAAGAUCUUUAAACGAUCUUUAAAAUUUAUAUGUAUAAGGUGGUGUUCUCCCAAAAACUGGGGGUGUUUUCUAUAUGGGGUGUUCUUCCAUAAACUCUGGGUGUUUUAUAAAUGGGGUUCUCUACCAAAAACUGGGGGUGUUUCAUAUAUGGGGGUGCUCUACCAAAAAACUGGGGGUGUAACAAAUAAAGGGGUGUUAGCAAA